AAAUGCCAAACCCCCGAAGCCUUAGAAGCGCCUUAUAUAAAACCCAAGGCCGACGCUUCAGAGAAUCAGAAGUGAAGAAAAACCGUUGAAAGGCAACGACCUUUUGAAGAGUCUCAAUGCUUUCAACGGUCACUUGCCUCCAUCUUCCUCCUCUUAACCACAAUACAGACUCUCACUCUCCCCAAACCCUCACAGUAACCCACCUCCUCCACAGCUUUGCCUCCCCAUCCGAGCUCAAACAACUCCACGCCCACCUCAUCAAAACCAACUCUCCUCUCACUUCCCUCCCUCCCUCUCGAAUCGCCUUCGUUUGCUCUCUCAACCCCAGCUUCUCCUAUGCCCGGAAACUCUUCCAACAUCUUGAAACCCCCGAGACGGAAGCCUGGAACUCGUGCCUGAAAGCCUUCGCUGAAGGCAACGACCCCAUUGAUGCAAUUCUGCUUUUUAACCAGUUGCAGAGCUUUUGUGUUUCGCCGGAUAGUUUUACGCUUUCUUUCGUUCUGAAGGCGUGUACACGUUUGUUGGAUGUUUCCAAAGGCAGAGGAAUACAUGGGUAUGUAGAGAAACUUGGGUUUCAGUCGAAUUUGUUUCUGAUGAAUAUGAUUCUGAAUUUGUAUACUUUGUGUGGCGGAGAGCGAGAUGCGCGGUUGGUGUUUGAUAAAAUGCCGCAGAGGGAUGUUGUGACGUGGAAUAUAAUGAUAACCCAGUUGGUAAAGAGGGGUGAAAUUAAGGGGGCGUAUGACUUGUUUUCGCAGAUGCCCGGUAGAAGUGUGAGGUCAUGGACGUUGAUGAUUUCGGGGUUUGUUCAAUGCGGGAAGCCUAAGGAGGCUAUUGGUUUGUUUUUGGAGAUGGAAGAGGCUGGCGUGAGGCCAAAUGAGGUGACCGUAGUGGCUGUUCUUGCUGCAUGUGCUGAUUUGGGGGACUUGGAUUUGGGUGGGAGAAUUCAUGAGUACUCGAACCAAAGUGGGUUUAGCAGAAAUGUUCGUGUUUCCAAUACUUUGAUUGAAAUGUAUGUCAAAUGUGGAUGCUUGGAGGAUGCCUGUAAGGUUUUCGAUGGGAUGAAAGAGCGAACGGUUGUUUCAUGGUCAGCGAUGAUUGCAGGGCUUGCCAUGCAUGGACAAGCUGAGGAAGCUUUGGGACUUUUCUCUGAGAUGAUUGAGAAAGGCAUGGAUCCGAAUGAUGUAACCUUUGUCGGACUGUUGCAUGCUUGUAGCCACAUAGGGUUUGUGGAUCAGGGUCGUGAAUUCUUCACCAGCAUGACUAACGACUAUGGUAUAGUUCCUAAAAUUGAGCACUACGGUUGCAUGGUUGAUCUUUUGAGUAGGGCAGGGCUCCUUCAAGAGGCUCACGAGUUUAUCAUUAACAUGCCUAUCAAGCCCAAUAGCGUCGUAUGGGGAGCUCUCCUUGGCGGAUGCAAAGUUCACAAAAACAUUGAACUGGCUGAAGAAGCAACAAAGCACCUUUCUGAAUUAGAUCCACUUAAUGAUGGAUACUAUGUGGUUUUGUCAAACAUUUAUGCAGAAGCACAACGGUGGGAAGACACAGCGAGAGUGAGAAAGUUAAUGAGGGAUCGAGGUGUGAAGAAGACUCCCGGCUGGAGUUCAAUCACACUGGAUGGAGUAGUUUAUGAGUUUGUUGCCGGGGAUGAAACCCAUCCGCAAGCUCAGGAGAUUGUCCAAAUGUGGGAGAAACUAGUUGAGAAAAUGAAGCUGAAGGGUUAUGUGCCUAACACCUCGGUUGUUCUGCUAGACAUAGAAGAGGACCAGAAGGAAAAAUUUCUCUAUCGUCACAGCGAGAAACUAGCACUGGUUUUCGGGUUGAUCAACACAUUACCUGGAACACCAAUUCGAAUUAUGAAGAAUCUUCGUGUUUGUGAGGACUGUCAUGCUGCUUUCAAACUUAUAUCAGCAAUUGUUGAUAGGGAGAUUGUUGUACGUGACCGGAAUCGGUUCCAUUGUUUCAAAGAUGGUUCUUGCUCCUGCAAGGAUUACUGGAAUCUUGGACAAAUCUUCAUGUGCAGUGCAGGACAUGACUGCUUCUUUGUUUUUUCCCCUAAAGAUUAAUACAAACAACUUACAACCCAACAAACAAGAAAUUUUUCGGUGGAAUUCAGGCGUAAUGUUAUUAGUUUAUUCAUUUUAUAACAAUUA